AUGGAAGACUUCAGUCCCCAGCGGUUGCGACGCAUGGGCCUUCCCGAAGACCUGAGGACUUCCGGAAAAGCUCUGUUUGGGACACGCUUCAAGCCCAUGGAGAUAUCUUUUGAAGAGUUCUCGAGCACUGUCAAAGAGCUGGUUCAGGAAGUUGGGGCCUCAUGGAAGGACUCCAGUUGCUCAGCCCCGAAUGACAUCUUCAUCAGCAUCACAGGAUGGCCAGGCCUGCCCGCUGGUGAGAAGAUUGACCUAGGUCUUCGCAGCAGCUACGAAAAGCACCAUGGGAACAUCAAUAGCAUUCGGGAUUGCCAGAAGGUCAUGAAGGAGCAUAUCACCGUCAUCUGCAACUUUGAAGCGCAAUUGAGGUCAGAAGCCGAUUCCGCAUUCGAGAAGCUUAUCCCGAGAGUCAGGACGCUAGACCAGAUGCAGAACCUGGAAGCGCAGCAGAAAAGUGGAGCUCAGCUUUACAAGAGGAGCUUGAGAGAACAGGGCUCGGACGCUUUGGCAGAUCACGUGAGCAGGCUCAUCUACCGUCCGGUCAGCGCCGGAUCAGGGCAACUUCAGAUGGCGCUUACCGAGAGCACAGAGAUCAGUGGCGAAGCAAUUGAGCGUCUCGAUCGUUGGCUGCCACGUGUCUAUCUGUUAGCCAACAACCUCACGGAGGAGGAAGCCUUUGACAUCGCCAUCAGGAACCUCGAUCGAGCCACGCCCGAGAACCUGCGGUGCACUCUGUUCAAGUCCCAAGAUGGAAUUGAGCAUUACUUGAAGACGCGGCCCCCCCAGAGCAUCUACCUUACCAGCUUACAUCGUCUGGACCAAAGAUACGUUUCGAUAAAUUGUUCCGAUGACCGGGCCUUGCCACGGAUGCUGCUGCCACGCGUUGUGGAGUGCAUAGCAAAGAGCCUGAAGUGUGAGCCGAGGAGCGUGGUGAUAAUUCCAUGGGCUGAGGACCAGAUCUUUGCCGGCUGCUGCGAGCGUUUCGAUAGCAUGCAACAUUUGGCGAGAGUAAGCACUCUGCGCGACGCAAAGGGCCUGGUGGAGCUGACCCCAUACGAGGUCUACGGCGGCGUGCACGGUCUGCAGAAAUGGAUCGACCACAAGCCGGUGACGAUGUAUGCCGUCCCCAAGACCGACCAGGACAUUGAGGACUUUGAGAAGGCGCCUACGGUGCUCGUGCUGGACGAGAGCUUCUUCAUGCUCAAGCACUGCUGGCAGUGCCGGAAGGAAGGCACGGCUCUCAUGAAAUGUGCAAAGUGCGAGAAAGCUCGAUACUGCUCCAAAGCUUGUCAAAAGGCCGACUGGAAGUCAGGACACCGGGACGAGUGCGAAGCCAGGAAGUACUCCUUCGCUCACUGGCAAGAUCAACCUGGUGGCGUGAUCACAAUUGAGAAGUCGAAAGAAACAGAGAGAAUGUUCAAGAAGGCUGCGAAACAGCUCAGAGAAUCUAUGAACAUGGAGAAAGUAGAGGAGAAAAGCGGAGUAAUUUGA